UGGGACCGGUAGUCUGCACUAAUCCCGAAGGCCAUCUGAGCAGCUGGACUGGGAUGGGUCCAGACCUUUGGUUCGAAAGGCCGAAAUGAACUUCCGAGGUUCCUUGUUCCUUCUGCCGAGGGGAUGAUGAGACUGAGGAAAAGUGACUCCCCAAAGUCACAAGAUAAUUGUUAGGGCUGGUCAAGAAUCUGAGCCUGUAACUGCAGAGACCAGAGAUCUUUCUCGUAUGCUCUUGGGAAGCAGAUUCUAAGAUCUUGGCACAUUAUCUUGUGUGAGGUCGAAAUGCCUAAAGUCAAAAGAAGCCGGAAAGCACCUCCAGAUGGCUGGGAGUUGAUUGAACCAACACUGGAUGAGUUAGACCAAAAGAUGAGGGAAGCUGAAACAGAGCCUCAUGAAGGAAAGAGGAAAGUGGAAUCUCUGUGGCCUAUCUUCAGGAUCCACCACCAGAAAACCCGCUAUAUCUUUGACCUCUUUUACAAGCGGAAAGCCAUAAGCAGAGAACUAUAUGAAUAUUGUAUUAAAGAAGGCUAUGCAGACAAAAACCUGAUUGCAAAAUGGAAAAAGCAAGGCUAUGAGAACUUGUGCUGCCUGCGGUGUAUUCAGACACGGGACACUAAUUUUGGAACAAACUGCAUUUGCCGGGUUCCCAAAAGCAAGCUGGAAGUGGGCCGCAUUAUUGAGUGCACACACUGUGGUUGCCGGGGCUGCUCUGGCUGAAGCCCCCAACCCAUCUCCACCUAGGACUUUGGACUUUGCAUCACCCAAAGGGAGUUGCAUCACCCCCUUUCCUGGGAGAAGCUCUUCUUGCAGAGUGGUGCCCCAGGCCCAAGUUGGAGCACAGCCUCUUCAGGUGAAGGCUUUGCUGUCCUAUCAGCUGUGAUUGUAAAAAUAAAACAUUUUAACUUCUUGG